AUGUUUACAAGCGAUGCCGUCAGCUAUAUGCUUAAUUCUGGUAGAAAAAUAAAGGCAAAGUGCCCACAAACACUUCAUGUUACAUGUAUUGUACAUGGCAUUCAUCGAAUUGUAGAAGAAGUAAGAAAUCAAUUCAAAGAUGUAGAUAACUUCGUGGAUAAUGUUAAGAAAAUCUUUUUAAAAGCUGCAUCUCGCGUUAAAAUAUUUAAGGAAAUGUUCCUAGGCGUGCCGUUGCCCCCAAAGUCGAUUAUUACCCGUUGGGGUACAUGGAUUAAAGCAGUGUGUUAUUUUCAAUAUCAUUACAAUGAAGUGAGAACUGUGCUUGAAUCAUUUGACCCCCGUUCCAGUGCAGCAAUUAGAAAUUUCCGUGAACUAAUGGACAAACCAGAAUUAAUUACUGAUAUAAUUUUUGUGGCAAACAAUUUCGGCAUGAUCCCAGAAAUAAUUCACACUUUGGAGUCUUCAAAAGUUUCCGUACAAGUCACCCUGAAAAAACUUAACGAAUUAAAAACUAAAAUUGACGCAGUGCCAGGAGAUGUAGGAAUUCGUUCACCGGAAAAGAUGGCUGCCGUUUUACAAAGAAAUCCUGAUUUAAAAAUAGUAAAGUGUUUAAAAGAAAAAUUUGGUACCGAGUAUUAUUGGUAUAGCGAUAUACCAGUAGACGCUUUCCAAUUAGCCCCAUUAACGCCUGUGGAUUGCGAAAGAUUUUUUUCGGCUCAUAAAUAUAUUUUAGAUGUAAAAAGAAAUAACUACUUAUGA